AUGUUAGGCAUGUUCCGUGUCGAGAAGAGGGAUGACUACGCCUACCGGCGCUACGACAUGCGCAGCGUCGGCGUCGGUCCCACCAAGACGACAGAGACCGCGGUUAGGGGCCGCGAGCGCUCAGUUCGACAGCGCGAGACCGAACUUGUGCAGGGUGCUGGGCCUUCGGUGGCCGAGAUCCGGCGGGAGUUCAACCGCGCAUCGGCGGUGCAGGCGGACUACUACGAAGACGAGGAAGAUUAUCCCGACGACGACGACUACUACGACGAUGAGCUGGAGGAGGUCGAAGGUCCGCUAGCUGCGCGCGACCUCGUGCGCCGGCUUGACAGGCUUGAGGCGCUCGACGCUGCCGCCAAGGCGUACGACGAGAGCUUCGACCUGCGGGAUCUGCGCGACUUCCGUGACCUCCGCGAGCUGCAGCUCUCGGACGGCGAAAUUUCCCACCCUCCGCCAUACCCCGACAGCCGGGGGUCGCCUCGCUCUCACUCCCCACCCCGCAACCGUCCGGUGCUGACCACAAUCUUCUUCAGCUUCGUAAACCGGUACAUCGCUCCGCAUCUUCCCGAGGAUAUCCAGGCGAUCCUCCACGACCCGCCGUCGCUGAACGACCCGGCUUCGCUCGUGCCCCUUCUCCGCGCCGCCGCGCCGUACACGCAGUACCUCCUGGUUCUGGUAGCGCUGUACGUCGUCUGGGCGUUCGUGACGGGCAUCGUCUUUUACCUCGGGCGCUUCCUGCGCUUCUGCUUCCGCAUCGGUCCCGUCCUCGCCAUUAUCGCCUGGGUCAUGGCCAGCACGGGUCAGGGCGGCAUCGACGUCCUCUUCGACGCUUUGAAGGCGUAUGCCGGCGAGGGAGCCGGAAACAACCGCCAGGCGGGUCGCUACGGCGGCGCUGGUGGUGCUGGCGGCGUCCCGAGGGGAGCGGCAAUCGCCGACCCUGACGUCAGUCCCGCCAGCGGUCUGCCAAAUGUUCGGUGGAGGUCGAUCACCCUUCUCGACACCUCAUCAUCAGUCAGCACCAGCGCCAUGUCCGAGUCACCAAAGGAAGUGCGCCUCGACGGCUUGCAGAAGGACAAGGUACAGGGUCUCCCGCCUUGUGCCUACUACAUUCGCGAUUUUAUCACCGAGGAAGAAGAGGAAUACUUGCUGAGGAAGGUGAGUGCCGUCAAUCUCAAGUCUUUUGGAAGAGCCUUCUUAGAGACAGAGAGCUCUGGUGCUUGUUACUUGCGGGCGCGAACGGGCAUAUCCGCCCUUCAGCUCCCAACACCGACUUGCCGAGCCCAGUCUCUUCCCUCCCUUCCUCCUUCUUGCUUGCUCCGGACACUCUCCGGAGAGCGAGACGCCGCAACCGAAAUGGAAGACGGUUGGAAGUGGGAGGCGUACUGGGGCGGAACCCUCAGCAAAAACGGCGUGCUGCUCCCCGAACCGAUGCCGGAAUGGCUUGAUUCACGCGGGAUUACCGAGCGCAUCGACUCAUUACUUGAUGACGCGGCUGGAUCCAGUGGCGGAGAGCACGCGCUCGGCAUCAACCAGGUCCUCAUCAAUGAGUAUGCGCCUGGACAGGGGAUAGCACCUCACGAAGAUGGCCCGGCUUUCUCUCCCCUCGUGACGACGCUGUCCCUUGGCUCGGUGACUGUCCUCGAUCUGCACCACUACGUCCGCCCCGAUGCCCCAUCACCGCCCAUGAUCGUUGUCGCCUCCGAGGACGGCGAGAGCGGCCGCGCCAUUGCCGCUGUGCCACUGGGGCAUGUGCUGCUCGAGCGACGAUCCCUGUUCGUACUGACGGGGGCUCUCUACCAGAGCCACCUGCACGGCAUCGCGGCACGGACCGAGGACUGGGUGCGUGCGCCGCAGACCGAGCCUCCAUCUGAAGUCAAUUCCACCGCUGAGGCCAAUGGAGAAGGCAACGCUGAGCAGAAGGACAAGAAGGAAGGCGCUGCAGGCGAGACGCAGCCCGGCGCGCCCGUCAUCAUCGCGAACGCGGAUCUGCUCAGCCCGAUACCGAAAACGCUCGUCUCGAGUCCCGAGGGCCUCAAGUACGAGCGCGAGACGAGAGUCAGCCUCACGUUCCGGCACGCGAAGAAGGUGCUGAAGGGCGGCAAGUUUAGCAUGCUUGGCGGAGCGCUGAGGAGGACGUAG